CAUUGGAAUGGCAUUGACUGAUUCGCUUGAUGAGUUGAUUCAAACAAGUCAUAUUGAUCCACAACUGGCGAUGAAGGUUCUUUUACAAGCAGGGCACCUUCAUACAUAUCGAUUCUGUGAUGAAGUAUGGACGUUCAUUAUUAAGAAUCCAAAUUUCAAAUUAGAAAAUGAGCAAGUUCAUGUUGAUAAAAUCAAGAUUGUAGCAUGUAACGCCAAAAAGCCUGGGGAAGCUGAGCCAACAAAAAAUUAA